AUGGAGGUGACGCAGGUGAAGUCCACCAGCAGCAACGGAAGCACCGACUUGGAGAGGAAGCUAGGCAGCCUUGAGUGGGAGCGCAAGAUGAGCAGCCUGGACAAGCAGGAGAGGGAGGUGCAUCAGAGCCAGUUGCGGCUCAUCCGAGAUCACACCCUGGCCUUCGUCCGGGACCUGGCCCACCUGAAGACGGAGGUGGCGAACCAGAAGCUUACGCUGCAGCAGCUUGAGGCGAACUCGAGCUCGGACAAGUCACGUUGGGAAGCAGCCCAGAAGAAGCACAUCCAGGUGGUUGAUCAGCAGAUGGGGGAGCUGGAGCAAAAGCAGCGGCUCAUGGCCACACAGGACAAGUUGUCUUCUGUGAAGGAUCAGCUGGAGCAAUCUUUCCAGGAGUCCCUGCAGAAGGUGCAGCAAAGCUUUGAGGAGAAGCUGCAGCGGAGGCUGGACAGCGUCCAAGCGCAGGUGCAGCGCUUCGAGCAGUCCAUGUCUGAGCUUCACGAGCCCUUGUCGGCACUGCGCCCGCUGCUGCAGCUGGAUCUGGAUCAGUCGCUGCAGAAGCACCGGGAGAGGCACUCAGAGCUGCAGGGCCAGUUGGAGACCAUGAAGCUGAGCCUUCAGGACCUCAGCGAUGGCCACGCGCAGCUCCGGGAGAGCCAUUCAGCACACAGCUCCUGUCUCACAGAGCUCCGCGACAAGCACCAGGAGGCUCAGCGCGGGCACCAGGAGCACCGUCAGGAUGCGGAGACGCGGUUCGCCCAGGUGGAUGCGGAGAUCCGCAGUGCUCACGAGGCAGGAGACGUCGAGUCCGGCAAGCCGUGCAACAAGGUCUGGGGUCCACUGCGCCUGUGGUGA